AUGUUUAGCUCCAUCCCCAGCAGCAGCAUCAGCAGCAGCAGCUCCACCCCCAGUACUAGUAGUGCCGGCGCCACCAUGCUGAACAAGGAGAUGGCCUGCUACUUCCGAUGGCGGCCGUUCCUCGACGCCUGGCCGAGCAAGAUCAUCAUCCGGCUGAUCGUGCGGCCCCGCAAGACCACCGCGCUGCACUCGGAGGACGGCUGGGCGCGGGCCAGGACCGAGCUCCACCUCCGCAUGCGCCUGCUGCGCGACCGCUACCCCUACCCCAGGGCGCGGCGCUUCGGCGGCGUCAUCUUCUGGGAAGACCAGAUGCGGUUCUACAGAGAGCUGCUGGAGCUGGAUUACUAUCCGCCGCAGCCGGGUGGCCAGGUGCACGGUCAGGUGCACGGCCAGGUGGACGCGGACGCGGACGCGGACGCAGACACCCGCGGCUUGGAGAUGGCGGACUGCGGCGAGGGGCUGGGGCCCCCGACGCCUGAGGCGGUGCGGAUGGUCGAGGGGUGGUUGUGGACGCUCGAGGAUAAUGAUCCCCAGGGCGGGGUGUGGGGGUUGUUGAUUGAUCGGGUGGAUGUUUGA